AUGGCUGGCGAAGCCUUGACAGAUCUGCGACAGUUGAAUGCUGCCUCAGCUCGCAUUGCAGAAUUUGCUGUGAAGGUGUGCUACCCAAAAGUCAUACAGUACCAGUUCGUCCAGAGUGGACAGCAGAAGUUGGCUCAGUAUUUCAGCUGUCGCUUGACAUCGGCUACGGAGCAUGACUAUUGCGAAGGGUGUGUGCGUGGUAGCAAAGAGCAGGUUCAAUCUGCGGCAGAGAGCUUCAAGCAUGGCAUGAUCUUCAAAAUGAAGAAAGUGGUGUUGAGCCAGAAGGUGCCAACCACCUACAUCUCGGCAGAUCUGAAAGUUGUGGUGGACAUGCAGAAGACCAGCUUUGCAGCGUGCAAGACGUCGAAUUUGGCAGAGACAUGUGUUUCCAAGCGCACGGUGAAAGAUGUGUUGGAAAUUACCAGCCAAAUGUCCUUCGACCUGACAGCUUUCGUGAGAUCUGCCUCAGCCCCGAAAUCUGUGCAACUUAAGUCAGGCCAGGCUGCUGAGGUGGUGGAAGUGACUGUUGCUGACGGAUCGCGUUAUGAGGAGGGAUCGCUGCUGUGUCUGACCAUUUCCAUCUGGGCAAAAGCACUUGCGGCAGAGGUUAAGGCGCAAGAAAAAAACAUUGUGUCUUUCAUGGGGCUGAUGGCAGUCCCAGCACCUGAUCGUGGAGCCGUGAGGGUGAAAAACGGAGACGCAACGUUCAUCGUUGCUGCGUCUGAUGGGCUGCAGAAGUCAAGUCGCGUACAGCGGUUGCAAACGGAGAUGGCUGCGACGCUUGCCACAGAUGCACAGCUGGAAUCGAUCGGUGAGUUUGUGCCCAAGCAGCUUCCUUUCGACGUUGCUGCCGAGCCCGCGCUGCUCACAACAUGCCAUCUUUUGGAAAGCAUGUCGGAUGACCUGAAGCUGGGCGCUGGCACGGCGCAGUUAUUUCAGUUGAACGGUGUGCAUUUGCAGCUGCCACAAGAUGACAACGUUCUUACCAAGGACGGCAAACGAAUCUGGUUCACUGCUCGGGUCUACGAUUACACUGGCACCACGAUCGUCGGUGUGUCGCAAGAAGCAGCCCUCGAGCUGAGCGGAUGUGCAGACAAGGAUGCAUUCCUGCAGCAAGUGGCAAGCAAUCAGGUGCAGUUUCCGGUGCUAUCCACAGUUCGGGUGGUGCGCACUAUUCGCGAUUUGAAAAGCACCGAUACUGCCCGCCAUGCAGCCUCCCAAGAGGUUGGUGCUGCGUCAGACAGCGCGGACAAGGUUGUGAACGCUGUGGUGAUGAAGGCCGCGCACUACUCCAUUGAGCAGCUGCCAAGCAAAGCUGUGGAUGACCUGACAGACUUGCUGUCUUGCACCAGUGCGGCUACUGACGGCCUUCUGCCAUGCCAGCUGCAGCACGUAAGCCUGUCCUCUCACUAUGGCUUCCAGAUUGCGUACGGCGAGCAGAAACGCACAUGCACCCGUGCGUUGGCUCUUCUGAAGUCAACUGAGAAGAGUGUGACCGCUGCUGUAGGCAGUGGCUUCAGAGUGACCACGAAAAAUGUGCAGGAUGCAGGCGAUGCGGCCAACACAUCUGUUUACACUGUGUCUGGCUACUGUUUGCUGGACAACGUCACCGAGUACAAGUUGGAUCCUGCCAAAGGCGGCCGCAAUCCUCACCGUUUGGUUUUGGCUGUCGUCACCGGCAAGAUCGAUGAUGAAUUUGUUGUCGAACAGCUGUGGCACCUAGACCCUAGUCAGGAGGCAGCCGCGCUCGAGCAUUUCGCAGCUUUGCUGGCUGCGGCAGCUAAAGUGCAGGGAGGCAUGUUGUCCGGCGCAAUGAAACGAAAGGUCGAAUGGACAAAGUCCACACCGCUGGAUACGAGGAAAUGUAGAUCUUUGGCUCGCUAUUCAUGUCUAGCCUUUCCGGGGUUGCAGCGACAUUUUGGGUGCCAAUUUUGUUCAGCUGGCAUCGUGGUCAUAGCAGCUCGAGCCUGA